CUCAGUGUUCGUUUGCCCGUUAGUCAUUGACAAUGGGUUGCUUAUUUUGGAUAUUUGCCUUAUCGCCGAUCCUCUAUUUGAUUUGGCGAUAUAUCAACAAAGAUUUGGAUUAUUUUGCCGAACGAAAUAUUCCUCAUGAAAAACCUCUUCCCAUAUUUGGCAACUGGUUUUCAACCUUAUUCCUUGGAAAACCGAUUCCAGACAUGCUGCUUCAACUUUCAAAUAAAUUUCGAGAACACAAAUUAUACGGUAUGUUUGACAUGACCGUGCCAAUGUACGUCAUCAAAGAUCCAGAACUGAUAAAACAAGUUAUGGUUAAAGAUUUUGAUCAUUUUGUAAAUCACGUUCCAUUUUUAACGUCUGAAGGAGAUGCCCUUUUCGGAAAUUCACUUUUUGCACUGCUUGAUGAAAAAUGGCGAAAUAUGCGAUCGACGUUGUCACCUGCUUUUACCAGUUCCAAAAUGCGAAUGAUGUACGAAUUAGUGAGAAAUUGUGCCGAUUCUUUCAUUACGUAUUGCAAUGAUAAUUUAAAUGAAAAUGGUUACUAUGACAUCAAUGCUAAGGAUAUAUUUUCAAAAGCGACAGUAGAUGUUAUUUCCACAUGUGCCUUUGGUCUGGAAGUGGAUUCAUUAAAAAAUCCCGAGAACGAAGUGUAUGUAAAUGCGAGAAAAUCUUUUAAUUUCGAGGAUUUUAUGCAACAAAUUAAAGUUCUCUUCAUCGGAAUGGCACCCAAGUUAUGCAAAUGGCUAAAUAUAAAUUUUAUUCCGAAGGAAUCGUCGCAAUUUUUCAAACAAAUUGUCGCUGAUACCAUCAAACAUCGACGAAGCACCAACACUUUUCGUCCGGACGUUAUUCAACUUUUGAUACAAGCGAUAGAUGGCAAAUUGAAACACGAAAGUGACAAUAAAGACACUGAAACGGGAUUCGCUGUAGUUAACGAGACCACAAACAGCAAACAAGUCACGACAAAAUCAAAUUGGAGCGAUUCCGAAGUCGCAGCGCAAUGUUUCCUCUUUUUUGUCGCCGGUUUUGAUACGACAUCAACAACAUUGACAUUUGCCUUGUAUGAGCUGGUAGUAGCGGAUGAUAUUCAGGAGAAGCUUUUUGAAGAAAUCACGGAGACUAAAAAUCAACUGAAUGGGAAGCCAGUAACUUACGAAGCAAUCCACAAAAUGGAAUAUUUGGAUGCUUUCGUGUCGGAAGUCUUGCGUCAUCAUCCGCCGGGAUUCUUAACGGAUCGCGUGUGCAACAAAAAUACAAAUUUAAAAGUUGACAGUGGAGAGGAAUUUUUCAUACCGAACAAAUCGAAGUUGUGGAUAAAUGUUUAUGGAUUACAUCAUGACCAUCAAUAUUUUCCGAAUCCCAUGAAAUUCGAUCCAACGCGUUUCCUGGGAGAAAAUAAAAAGAAAAUUAUUCCAAACACCUACAUGCCAUUCGGACUUGGACCUCGAGCAUGUAUCGGUUCACGUUUUGCCUUGAUGGAAGUCAAAUUAAUGCUCUAUUAUUUGUUAUCCGAGUUCAGUGUCAAAGCUUGUGAUAAGACAUCGAUUCCGCUACACUACAGCAAUUCAUUUGCACUUGCUCCCGAUGUCGACUUGAUUGUUCGGCUGAAAAAACGAUGAAUUUUGAGAGACUCAUAUGCCUUGUACACAGAACAAAUUAAUAAAAGAGUAAAAAUCUGACAUAAUACACUCGAGUGUUUAUUCACGUUCGCGCUCGGCACAAAUUAAAACCGAAAACUUGCCGAUUGUACAAUAACAAU